AUGAAGCUCACAGGCUCCCUCCUACUCCUCACUCUUGCUUUGGUGUUAACCACCAUCUCUGCAGCGGAUCCUGAUCCUCUUCAAGACCUCUGUGUCGCUGACCUUGCCUCAGCUGUUAAAGUGAAUGGAUUCGUUUGCAAAGCUGCUUCCAAGGUAGAUGCCUCUGAUUUCUUCUCAGACAUACUAGCCAAACCAGGUGCCACGAACAACACCUAUGGCUCCUUGGUGACUGCAGCCAAUGUAGAGAAAAUCCCAGGACUCAACACCCUUGGUGUGUCUUUGUCACGCGUUGACUAUGCUCCAGGUGGCAUCAACCCUCCCCACACUCACCCACGUGCCACCGAGAUUGUGUUCGUGCUCGAAGGUACACUCGAUGUGGGGUUCAUAACCACAGCCAAUGUGCUCAUAUCAAAGACCAUCUACAAGGGUGAAAUUUUUGUGUUCCCAAAAGGCUUAGUUCACUUCCAGAAGAACAAUGCAAAGGAACCUGCUUCAGUCCUUGCAGCCUUCAACAGUCAAUUACCUGGCACACAGUCCAUUGCUCUCACCUUGUUUACAGCCACACCACCUGUUCCAGACAAUGUGUUGAGCAAGGCAUUCCAGAUUGAUACCAAGGAGGUUGAGAAAAUCAAGCAUGCGCUUGCACCUAAGAAAUAA